UCGUUCGUUAGGGGCCGCAGUAUAUCCGAGUCGGGCGCGUCGUAUUUAUCGGUCCGCCGUCGCCUGUCUGAACUUUGUUGGCGAGAGAGAAAGAGAGAGAGAGGCAGAGCUAGUGUGCGUGUUCUGUGCUGCUCGUGUGUUUCAUGUGUAUGUGAGAGAGAAAGAGAGGCGCGCGCGCGCUCGCCCACCGGUGUACAGUGUGCGUGGUUUGCCAAAGGUCGUUUAACUUGUUACCCCCACCCCCGGCUUGUUUUCCUUCGGGUUUUUCCUGUGAUACCGGAAGAGACCAAGAAAAACCCCGUAGCUUGCAAGCAUUUUCGUUACGGUGGGCACGGAAGACUCGGUCGCGCGACAAUGAAACAAUGCACAGAAAAGUGAGAGUGAACGUGGCCACGUUCGGCCGGUUUGCCGACAGCGUGAAUCACCAGCAGCGCCGGCGUUCAUGAGCCCACGCACUCGCCGCGACCCGAUGCGCGACUUUUCUCUCUUUCUCUCCUCCCUUGUUUUGCGCUUUUUCGUCCACUCCCUCUCGCUCUCCAACCCUGCCGUCUCGCGUCCAUGAAUGCACACGCUUCGUGAACUUUUCCUUUGAACCUGACAGAUACGGCGCGCGCGAGAGGCGCGUAUCGUACCAGUGAGUACAUUUGCCCGUUGUUUUCUUCCGAACGAUUAACCCCCGGGAACGUGAGCCGUGCACGCGUGCCCGACGUGUCCUGUCGUCCCGAGUGUGCCGCGUUACAAUCCAUAGAUCAAGCUCGAUCCGCGGGUUUGCCCGACUCAUAAUAGCGGCGUAGACGACGACGAAGUCUAUGACCGUGAUACAGUUUCUGUUGUUCCUAGCCGGUUAAGGCGUUUCCAAGGGCAAACUGUGGCUUUCCAUCGCCGCAUCGGACGGACACCGUCGUUUCGUAGGACUUUCUCCCUUUCGAGAGAGACAGAUAAAGCACGCACUUAUUCUUCUCUUUUCCUCGGUCCAUUGUUUCGUCCACGGAUCAGUCUUUUCUCUGCUUUUCUUUGUUUUGGUACGUCACACAGUCGAAAGUGAAUGACACUGCAAGCGCUCGGCUGCCCUCACGGCGUUGUCGCGUACGAUAAUAUUUCAAAUCGAUCAUUGUGCACCGCCACCUUCGUCGCGAUUCACCAUUCAAUGAACCUUCCUCGAGCAACAGGAUCGCAGAAACCAACAUCAAGAGUCGGACUGGGCCGAUCGCGCGACAUAUAUCCGUUCGUUACGGCGAAAGAACACCUUUUAUGGUAGACACGCCCGUUUCUUUUCUUACGUUACCCCGCGUGCCGCCGCUUCCACGAAAUCCGCUGGAUAUAAACGCGGUUAUCUUUUCCCGGUGUCGAUUAUUAACGUUGUCCAUGAUCGCGAUUAUUCACCGGCUCGUUUAUCAGAUUCGACGGGCGGGCAACCUUAUCGUGUAACCUCUCUUCUUCGAAAAAUCAGUCGCGCCUUGAUUGGAAAUGUCGCAAACGUGUUGCAUCAAUGGUGCACGGAAAGCUAGAAAUAUCGUUCAGAACCUUCUCAAUUGUUUCUACUUCGAUUCGCGCCAUUGAAUUUGCACACAUUGUUUUCACGCUGUUCUACGAGUACUACAGUCAUUGAAAGUGUAGGCUAGUAGAGGGCUAACUUGAGGUUACAGCAAAACACAACAGAGCCACGUGACUUUGUCAGCAACUUGACGCCGAUGUUCAAGUAUUCUCCGAGGCGUGCAGUUUAAUUUGUUACUUUCGAUUGUCGUCCAUAUCGCUCCGCAAUUAAACAAGAAUUAUAUAAAACACAUCGCACAGGGUAAAGUUUUUAAACCUGAUCCAACUGUCAGCUUCCCAUCAACUGUCAGGCAUUUGCAACUUUGAAAAGGCAGUCGCAUAUUGUCGUCGCUUUGAAAAUAGAAUAAUUUAAUAAUUUAAUUCUCGUUUACUGGAACGAAGGAGCUCAUCAACAGCUUCUACAAAAUUUAGUUGGUCGCGGGAUGGGUGAUAAGAUCACGUGAUCGGGUGCGCCGCCAUUGCCGUAGUGUUUUGCUCGAAUCUUGAAUCGAAGGAACGAUAAAUUAGCUCGUUAGGCUGAUAGAGAAAGGAGAAGAGAGGCUGUCGAGUUGGACAGGAGUUUUUAACGAUUCGCUGUCAGUUUGGUUGUUCGCUGUUCUUGGUGAUAGAAUCGAGAAAGAAAGCUGCGCUCCCGGCGGCGAGGAAGGACGAGGGAGAGAGAGAGGUAGUGAGGGUCGGAGAAUCGUGUUGGCCCUCGAGUAGUCACGUGACACCGGUUUGGAAAUGUCGACCGAAAAUCAAAACGGGACGGCCGGCACGCAGAGCAACGGGAUAAAGGCGACGAUCGGCGUGUCGUCGACGGCGAGAACGACGUCGAACAAUUCUUCGUUCCUCUACAGCAGCAACUCAAUGUUGAAUCGUGAGAAGCCGCGUCAGGUGCCGCCGCCGACGUUGCCGAAAUACACGUCCAGCUUCAAUGCUGGUUCCAACGGCAGCGGCACGGCCGAACGAUUGAACAGAGACCGCGACGUCGGCGGCAGCUACAGACUGGCGAGCCUCGAGAGGCUAGCCCUCAGGCAAAGGAUACUAGACGGGGAAAAGGCGAAUGGCGACACCACGUCGAUACAGACGAAACGCGAGCUGUUCUUCAAGGGGGACAACACGGGACUAAUAUCAUCGCCAACUGUGCCGUCGGUCCCACCCCCGCAGCCUCCGUCUCAGGCCCCGUCGUCGGUCAGCACGUCGACGACAACGACCACGACGACGACGUUGGCAUCGCCAAAUACGGCGCCGUCUAUCCCGCCGACCGGCUACACGAGCGUGAACUCUUCAGCGGCGCCGAUCACGAAGCCCCGACUACCUUCGUCGACGGUGAUCCUGAACCAGAACGAUGGCUCCGAGAUCGACAGCAAUAAACGGGACUCGAACAGGACCAACAACGACACCAACAAAGAGGCAGCGGUCCUCCAUCACCCGCGACCCACACCGCUGACCAAGCCGAAGGAGCUCGACGGAUACGUCGGGUUCGCGAACCUGCCCAAUCAAGUCUACAGAAAGGCGGUUAAGAAGGGCUUCGACUUUACCCUAAUGGUUGUAGGGGAGUCUGGAUUAGGCAAAUCGACCUUGAUCAACUCGAUGUUCCUCGCUGACAUAUACAGCGCAGAGUACCCAGGUCCUAGCCUUAGAAUUAAAAAGACUGUAGCCGUAGAAACUAGCAAAGUGUUGCUGAAGGAAAACGGUGUGAACCUUACUCUGACUGUUGUCGAUACACCAGGCUUCGGCGAUGCGGUUGACAAUAGCAAUUGUUGGGUGCCAGUAAUCGAGUACAUUGAGUCCAAAUACGAGGAGUUCCUGAACGCCGAGUCCCGAGUAGUCAGAAGACAGAUACCGGAUAGUCGGGUGCACUGCUGUCUUUACUUUGUCGCACCCUCGGGCCACGGCUUGAAACCAUUAGACGUUGAGUUCAUGCAACGUCUUCAUGAUAAAGUGAACAUCAUACCUGUCAUUGCGAAGGCAGACACCAUGACACCGGACGAAUGUGCUCACUUUAAGAAACAAAUUUUAAACGAGAUCGCGCAACACAAGAUAAAGAUCUACGAGUUUCCCGAAGUGGAAGAAGAGGAGGAGAGCAAACUGCAUAAAGUUCUUCGAGAUAGGGUCCCGUUUGCGGUGGUGGGCGCGAAUACCGUCGUUGAACAAGACGGUAGGAAAGUUCGUGGGAGGAAGUAUCCUUGGGGAAUCGCGGAAGUGGAGAAUUUGGAGCAUUGCGAUUUCAUCGCCCUUCGUAACAUGGUAAUCAGAACACAUUUGCAAGACUUGAAAGACGUGACGAACAACGUGCACUAUGAGAAUUUCCGGUGUCGCACGUUGGCUGGCGUUGGCGUCGAUGGAAAGCCAACAAAAGUCUCAAAUAGUUUGUGCCCCCCAGGAGUGAUGAACAGUUUCAUGACAGUGUGGAACCCGUUGGCACAAUUGGAGGAGGAGAAGAGGGAACAUGAAAACAAAAUGAAGAAGAUGGAGAUCGACAUGGAGCAAGUGUUUGAGAUGAAAGUCAGAGAGAAGAGGCAGAAGCUUAAGGACUCUGAAGCGGAUCUACAAAGAAGGCAUGAGCAGAUGAGACGCUCCCUGGAGCAGCAGGUCCGCGAGCUAGACGAGAAAAGGCGAGCAUUCGAGGCUGAGAAGUUAGCAUGGGAGCAACAAACUGGUCAGAGUAUCGAGGAGCUUCGCAGACGCAGCCUGGAGGCCAAUUCAAAAGAGGCUGUCGACGGCAAGGACAAGAAGAGCAAGAAGAAAGGAAUCUUCUAAAUCGACUACGGAAAAAAUGACGUGAACAGAUUGCUUCUUCUCGUGUAAUUGAGCGGCUGAUCUUACAUGAAGAGACGUUGUGGUUCACCAUAAAAUAAGUUACAGAUUCGUCGACCGUCCUACGAACUACACGCAAUCCAAUCGCGUUCGAUUUUUCCACUAUAGUCAAGGAAAAGAAAAUCAAAUGCGGGCUCUGUGUCAUUCAGUGCUACCUUUGAGGGGUCAUCAUUUUUUCUGGAGAAACACUAUUUUUUAUCAAAAACUCUAUGUAUUUUCAACUCUGCUAUACUUUCACGUUGUGUAUGUCCUGCAAAUUUCAUUGACAAAUUCAUUAAAUUGUAAAUGUAGCAUCAUGUUUCUUUAAACAAGUUUUACAGUUUUGAGCCUAAAACUUAUCAUUUUUUCUUAAGUGUGAAAACAAUAUAAUCUACAGCAAAAAGUAUGUAAUUCUUUUGAAAAUCGUUGCACCAAUUUGCAGUUGAAUCGGUACAUAAAUUUUUUGAGAACAUCGUUUUGAAAAUAUCACAUUCAGGUGUCUAAUUGCAAGACCUAUGUAACUUCGUUAAUUUUAUGAAUUUUAUGAUGAAAUUUUCAGGGAAUAUAGCUUGAAGUUAGUGCCAUCGAAUCAAAAUCGUUUUGGGAAGUUGAGUUCUUUUUUGCGCAUCUAUGAGACCUCUGAAAAUCAUGGAUGAUCAAGUGUAGUUCAGAUGGUUCGUUGACGAAUAAAGUGAAUAUGUGUUGCGUAAAAAAAACACAGUCAACGCAUAUACUGUGUAUAUCGCUCCCACGUUUGUACCGCCGCCUCGUACAUUUAUGCUUUCAGGAGUGAGAUAUGAAAGAGUGUUUCUUCUAUCGUGUUCGCCUGUGCUUCUUCGCGCUUCCUACUAUUACUGUUCAACAAAUCACACUAGCAUAAUUCGAAUUACGAUAUUGUACAAAAUGUAGACAUAAUUUCUGAGGCCGUGGUUUCGUUUAGCAAGAGUGAUCAAAGCAAUGAAAUAGAAACGAGCAUUUUAAUUUUUAUUCAGCUUUAUAUUCGACACUCAUAUCAUUACUUAUAAAAAUUACUACAUUACGGAUUUUAUAUAACAAAAAUGAGAACAUGUAAUUCAAAACACGGUAAGAAAAUUAAAAAAACUGUAUUCAUAUAUUAUUUUCAACUUAUUAAAAUUAUUAAAAGAAGAAUUAUUGAUUGCUGUCGAACUUAAUUCCAUUGCUCUUCGAUGAUAUAUAUUUUCUGUUCAAAAUGCAAUGAAUUUGAUGGGACAGUGUUGAUCGCUCUUGUGCAAUCGUAUGUACCAUACAUAAUCAGAGUAACAAGUCCAGCAGGUGUCAAUCAUUUCACCGGGUAAUCUCUCCGCAUGGUUCGUAUACUCGAGAGGGAAAAACGUCCGAUGCAUCGUCGACCUAAAUGUAGGCGUGCAAAAGUCUCUGUGUCUAGGUGUAGGAUAAACGAAUCGCAUCGAUGUUUAAAUAUCAUUUCGUAUCGUUUAAGAUAAUAAAGCGACCGUAAACGUAAUACUUGUCCUAAGGAACAACAAAUUGUACAAAGAAUUCGUUCGCCACUGAUCGCUGAUCUUCCCAGCUCGGUAUACGUUUUAUAACUAUCGCAAGAAAUCUGUUAUCGAGUUUGGCGAUAUCGACAUCAUCCCGAUUACUAUCACUGGCAAAAAGUACUUCAUUAAAAAUCAGAUCUUCUGUGAACAAAAUUUGUCCCCUUAUUGAACGUGGAAAAUGAUUUCUCUAAACGCGAUUAAUAAACUGCGGAGCAUAUUGCAUUUGUAAAAGCUUUUACUGAAUUGAAUUGAAUUCUAUUGUAUUUUUUUCAAUUUAUAGAACCCGCUAUGAUUUAUCUGGUCUUCCGCAGUUUAGUAAUAAAAAUAGAUGGAAAUCAUUGUCUUCGUAUAAAUAACACACUACUUAACUGAUUAGAAAACACAUCUUUUGUCAAAAAUAGUAUGAACAAGAUGAAAUAUCGCAUGCGAUCAAAUCCCCCGCCAUUUUUUUUCGUUCAACGUCGUUUCGCAACGGAAGGUUGAAUGUGAUUAUGGAAAAAAGCAGUGGCCAUAUAUAGAUUUAUAUAUAUAUAUAUAUAUACAUAUAUAUACAUAUAAAUAUAUAUUUAUGUAUAAAUGAAUCGAGGAGACCUUAAGGAUAGGCCCGAUUCGUGUAAAUUUAAGUUGUAUCGAUAGCAAAGAAAAAGCAAAAUCGUUAAGAUGAAAUUGUAUAAAUUAAUUGUAAGUAUGAUUUUUCGUUGCCGGUUCGGGACGGUUCCUUUCGUUCUCACCGCUACAAACGAGACGAUUAUCAAUUCUCGUCUGAUAACAACAGCCGAAUGUUUCAAUGAUAAUCUAAUGAUACGUGAUAAUUCAACUUGUUAACCAGCUUCACUUUUGUAACAUUCAGAAACAGAUAACUUCGGUAUCAAACAACUUAUCUUAAUGUCGAUGUAAGUACACCCAGGUCAAUAAGACUCUUAUUUACCGAAGCAGUUACUAACUACGACUUCUCUGUAUCUCGUUUAAAAAAUUGUUUAAUAUUAAUUAUUAAACAAUUACUAUUAAUGAGGCAAAGAUUAAUUGAGUCACACGUCAUCAAAAUCUUUGUAUUCAAUUUUAUUCUUGUGUCAUUAAUAACAUUACUUAUUGUUUAAUUAAUAAUACGCUUGGACCGGUUGGCGACUUAAGAAGUUGUCCCGAACCUGUCCCGAACCUGUCCGUAUUCGUAACAAGAAUGGGCAAAUCAAUGGUACGCAUUUUCUGUAAUUUUUCUAAGUGUACGCAUUUAAACAUUUUCGUUGACUCUGUUCCCCUCGCCAAUGCAUUUUGAGACUAGAUUGCCCACUCUUGGUUCCGUAAUCUAAGCUAAUCGAAUUACUCGUGUGCCAAGACGAAAAUGGAGAAGCAUUUUCUAUAAGAGCUAAUACGUGAGGUCAUUCAGUUAAUUGUAAAGUAAGAUCCACACGCGGUUCUCCAUGUCCCACGUGUUACAUUCCUAUUUUGUACGCGUUUUUCUAGUUCAAUCUCGUGUCAGCUAAACAAGCAAUAUUUUGCAAAACGUACGUUUCACGAGGUUUCACGAUCGAAAAAUGUUCGCGUUACUCCGCACUGAUAAUGUUAAGCUCGAUUCGUCGAAAUCCAAGGCUCUGAGGAAGCUGCCGUAUACAGGGUAGCCUGCUUGUUGUACACGCCUGCUGACUACGUUUGAUAUUUAAAAAAUAGGAAAAUUUAUAACAGAAGCAAUGACUUAGUCAAUGAGCGAUUAGAGAAUUGUUCAGGUGUGCAUGGCAGGUAGACUACGCUAUAUAUAAGGUGUUAAAAAAGGGGGUUCAAGACUUUAAGGAUUUAUAGUACUUGGCAGGAGGAGUAACAAAUGUUCCAUCAACACGCGUCCAAAAGUUAAUCGUUUCGACAGAAAAUUGGCUUUUAGUAUCUAAAAAUUCUUUAUAACAUGAGUGUGAGUUUCUCUGCGACUCAUUGAAUGUAAAUAGAGAAAUUUAUUCAGAAAGUAAGUUCAAGGUUGUUAACACAAUAAACAAAAAAACAACUGCGGAAGUAUUCCCAAAAGCGAGACCAUAAACAAAAUCCAUAUGUGCCAUUUCUAUGUUUAAAUAAUGAACAGACAUUGCUAACAAUACGAGAAUAACGCUUUCACUUUGUCACGCUCAGUGCUGAAUGGAGACUGAAAAUGUGUAUUACGUUUGAGUUUGUGAAGUAAACUUUGUUGUUGCUAAUGUAAUAAUCUUGUAUCAAUUUCUCUAUUUACAUUCAAUAUGUCGCAGUGAAACUCGCUCACGUUAUCGAAUAUUUUUAGAUACUAAAAGUCGAUUUUCUGUCUAAAGUAUUGACUUUUGGGCGGACUUAUAUUGAUUGAACAUUUUUCAUUCCCCUCUCUCUCUCUCUCACUGGGUACUACAAAUCCUUAAAGUCUUGAUCGACCUUUUCUAACACCCUGUAUAUUCAUUCAGAUAUGCGCCAAACGCACACAGAUCGCCGCGACACGUUUCUCAUUCUUCAUGUAGAAAUUUCGUUUCCCAGAAUCUUUUAAUUCAAACGGCAAUUUCAUGUAAAUUGACGCACGUCUAAGAUAUGAAGAUGACAGGGGUGGCUUCUGAAGGGAUAACAAUUUCUAACCCUUUCACAGGCUUUAGGCGAAAGGUCACGUCUUCGACUUUAGUUUGUCCUCUAAUUUGCCUACAGCCAAAAGUAAAAGUUUAAAGCGCUUAGCGAUUACAAUGGACGGAUCGCUAUCUGCGUUUAGAUAGCACAACAUAAAGACUCGUUUGAAAGAGAACGUUCUAUUGUCACGAGUAUUGCCGAAACUGUAUUAUACACGCGACGUUCGUUCUUUCUAAUUUAGACCUGAAAGUAUGUGAGUAAUCUUAUUUAAAAAUUACCAAGGUCAAUGAAUCGAACAAAGUAUAUAUCAAGGUACUUAUUAAAUUUGUAAGAUACAAAAUAUUUCUUUUAUUUCUGAGAUUUCUUGUUCCACUGUGAAAGGAUCGAAGGUUGUCAAAUUCUUUUUUCGUAUCUUGACUGUCGCUUCACCCGUUUAUCGAUAACAAUAUUUCUGGUCUGGAUUUAAUAAUCAAUCUUCACAGCAAGACUUUGAAUUAGUUUAAUCGAGAUCCAUAAGAUUCGAUAAAAGUGGUGAUAGACUCCUUUGAUAUUUUACGCUGAUCUGACUAGUCGAUGUGUCGACGAACAUAGAGACGAAAAGAAGAUUGCGUAGUAGAGUACUUAAGUUCUACUUUGGUUCAAGGUGUAGCUGCAGAUAAAUGGUAUAGUGAGCUAGAAGCCGUUGUAAUCAUAAGCUCUGAUAUGUUUCGGAAGAGACUUUAGCUUCUCGAACAUUUUUCAAAGAAGCAACUAACUUGAGAAAAUCAAGAUGCUUUGGCACCACACCCUUUAUACAUUCAAGUGAAUCCACAAUGGACUUAAAGAACCUCGAUUCGUGAUCUCACUGUAUCUUUAUCUUCAGACAUGCAAGUGGGUCUUUAUCCAAACGUAGAGGAAGCCAUCGAUAUUAACACUGGAAGUACCAAGCAGUCAAAGUGAAUAAGCAUGUUUGUGGAAAACAGUGCAUUUUUUGAGAUCUAACUUUUUGAGGUGCCAUGAUUUUGAUAAAUUGAUUCAGUUGAUCUGCAGCUUUCGAUUUCUCCGGUAGUUCCAGCGAUAAUAUGCAGGAUAUUAUCAGGCGACCUGAUACCAUUUCAACGAGACGACGAAGGCAAUAGCGCUUAUCCUAUCGUUGAAAUAAUAUCAUAAUUUUAUCGAUGUACAUCAUUUUUGCAAAUCGCGUCUACGUGACAGCGGCCGUCACAGUGCUGAAGCUUGUCUGUGGUCCCUGCGCGUACGCUAAAAGGGUUGCAUACAUCCAGACACGGUAGUAAUAGGAUUAUAUUCGAGAACUAACGUAGCAUUACAUUUUUAUUUGUUACCAUUUGAAAAUAUGUAAUUGUUUCUGUCUACCUUUCUCAGUUACGUUCCUCAUAACUACGAUUCGAUCACCGUGUUGAAUUUCAUGUAAUUCGAACUUUAUUUACACGAAUAUAUUCCUUGGAAACACGAUUUUUUUUUUUAAAUACCUGAGUGUAUGCAAUCUAUAUUACGAAACGAUUCUCUUGAAAUACGUUUCGGUGUUCCGCCACGGUCAAUGUAGCUAUUGAAAUUCCGGGAACGACGAAACGAUUAUUGUAUGUUGUACUUUACUCAGUGACACUAACGAUAUUUCCAUAGAUAAUCGUCAGAAUCAUGUUGAACAAAACGGCAUUCACGAUCAUUAAUCGCACGUGUCGUAUGCAUAGCGGGGGAAAAAGUAUUCGUACGCGAAGGUAGGUGAUAUCUGAAUACGUUUUUUCUCUGAAAUUAUGCGUGUGCGCGAAUCACGGAAUAUUCAGGCGAAAAAGUAUACAAAAGAAACAAAAAAAAAGAACAAACUAUAUUUUGCCGUGCCAGACGAAAACGAAGCUGCCGCCGCUAUUUGUAGAACACAUUGUAAUAAUAUUAUUAAUAAUAAUAAUAAUUAUUAAACACCAA